AUGAUAUCCAACUUGAUCCCAAUUGAUUAUGGAUCACUAUCACCUCAUGCCCUGUCACCUCGAGUACAACCAUUUGACAGCAACAAUAACAAUAACAACAACAGUGAUGAGAUGAAAGAAUCACGUAUCCAGGCCACACUUGACAUUAAUAACAAUGCCCAUUUUAAUGGACAACAACAGAGGGCUCAACUGUCCAUUCAGAACAACGUAAAUAGACUAAAGAAUAGUCGAACAGACCACCUUUAUAGAACAGUCAAUAGCUUUUGUGGAGUUGCCGGUGGCGGAAACGGAAACAGCAACAGCGGCGACACACCAACGAUCACACCAACGAUCAAACCAUCAUUAUCAUUUUCAAAACCAACUCCAAAAUCACCAGUACCAUCACCAUCACCAACAACAAACAAGCCUUUACCAACUUCAUCAUCAUCAUCAAAAUCACCAUCAUUGCCAUUGCCAUCAUCUAGAUUGAGAGGAAGCAGGAGCAAGAUGAUGACCGAUCAUUCACAUCAUAAUGCUGCUUCGGACGAUCAGCAUCAGCUUAAUGAGCUGGACCUGUCACAGCCAACAGAGUACUUUGAUCAGCUGUUUGCCAUCAUCAAGCAGGUGAUCAUUGAGAUCAAGACAUUAUAUGCUAUACCGACCAAUGAUACGGACCAGGUGGAUCGCAUCCUAAAGGAUGCUGCCUAUGCACUCGUCAAGAACAUCUCAAACCUCAUCACCAUGCUCGAGCAGUUCCCCUUCCCCUACCAACACAUCGAUCAGUACCACAGCCACCUGCUCGUCUCUGUCAAGUCUCUAUCUUCACUAGUUCUCGAGUUAAUUGCAUCAUCAAGAGCAAUGAUAUUGAAUCCAUUCGACUUCUUGACGUCCAACAACUUUAAGGCAUCAAAGGAACAAUCGAUUGAGUGUAUAAAGGCCACAGUGAUGGCCUUGGAGAACUUUAAGCUCAUAUACUUCCAGUUUGAGGAACAACUACAGCAACAGCAACAAGAGGACGAAGAGAAUGUUGUCCAAUUCCAGGGUGAACAUGAACACGAUAAUACUACACCCACGGGCAGCACUACUCCUGUGAGGAUGUCAAGCGAUAGCAGCUCGUCUGAGGCCAGACGCCGACAGUUCCCAGCGAUCACACCACCGGCCCGCACAAACUCCAACGACUCAUUGUCGCGCUCGGCAUCGGGCAUGCCCGUGUCGCCGCGUACACUGGACGAGCAGAGCGAGGAGUUGAUCCGCGUGGAGAAGUGCGCCGUCAACCUCAUACUCAAUGUCAACCGCAUCACAGAGGCGUCGAUUGAGGGCAACUUCCAGGACCUUGUGACGGCGGCCAAGGGCAUCUCCAACGAGGUGAUCCUGAUCGCCAAAGAGGUGCGCAUCAAGGGUUUGGGCGUCAAGUUGAAGGAGUCGGCAGUCAACGUCAUCAACAUGUCCAAGCUGGUGCUCAAGAACAAGAACGACCAAUACUACGUCGACAAUCUCGAGGUGGCCGUCGGCAAGCUGAACGAGGAGAUCAAGAAGAUCAUCUACGCCAUCAAGCACACGAGCAUCCAGGCUGCUGCCAACCUCUCACAGUCGCUGGCGACCAUUGACGCCAACAGUCUGGACGCUGCCAACAACGCCUCGAACGCAUCCCACAAUAAGGCUGGCCACGACGACGGCAGCGAUGUGGCCCCACCCAUCAUUCGCGAGCGCUCACUCAAGACCAUUGGCGACGAGCAGAUGGUAGAGUUUGAGCAGGCACGACAAGAGCGCGAGAGCCGCGCCAUGGAGAAGGAGCAGCUAGCAAUGCGUCUGGAACAAGAGCGCAUCGAGCAAGAGAAGUAUGAGCAGGAGGAGAAGGAGCGCGAGGAGCGUGAGCGUCUUGAGCAGGAACGUCUGGAACAGGAGCGCAUGGAGCGUGAGCGUGUCGAGGAGAAUGAGCGACUGAAGAAGCUGCUGGUGGAGAAGGAGCGCAUACAGAAGGAGACGUCCGACCAACAAAAGUCCAAGCUGAAGCACGCCGAGCAAGAUAAGUUGGACAAUGAGCGACUCGAGAAGGAGGUCGUUCGUAUGCAACACGACAAGCCAGUCGACAAGAACGACAAGGUCAUCAAGGAGAGACACGACAGGAUGGAGCGCGAGAAGUUGGACAAACUGUACACCACAGCGGCUGUUGGUGCCUCGUCGGCACCCAACAGCGCGCCACACACGCCACUCUCCACAUCCCCGACGGGCCAGAGCCAACCAUCGACGCCAACAAUCCAUGGCGAGUCACUCAAGCCCCCAGGCAAGGACAGGGAUUCAACAUUGGAUGCCGACAAGUCUCGCGGCGGCAAAGAUAAGGACAAGGACAAGGAGGGCAACAAGACCAUUGGCAAGUUCCUUUCAAAGUUGGUUCACAAGGGAGGCAGCAAGAAGCGCCAACCCAUACCAUUCGACGCGUCGCCAACCAGCCCAGGCAGCAGCAAUGGUUCACCUGCAUCGACACCACCCUUGGACGGCCCAACCAAGUCGUCGCCUUUGGCCACAUCAGCAUCGCUCUCAACAUUGGAGAACAAUCCAGACGUGGCAUCAUCGCCCAUGAAGCUGUUCCAGUCUGUGCCACUCUCUCCACAUAACUUUGAGAUGAUCAAGGAGGAGGCGCCAGCCACCCCCGAGCGUCCACUCACCUCGGUCUCAGUGUCGAUCCCUCAGGUGUCACUCUCGCCACGCACGCCAGAGCAGCAGUCGGUUGCACCAGAGGCAGCCCACAUGGGCUCGUCACCCAACAGUGUCUUGCCCAUCGCCGAGUCACCCUCUCGCAUAUACCUGCGCAAGAAGACCGAGCGUACACUCAACAUUGGCAACGUUGCCAAUGGCAAGCACUCACCAUCGCCAAUCAAAAAGGUGGCUCGCAGCUCACUGCACCCUUCGUUCGACCACUCUUCAACGACCAAUCUGAUCGUCAACCUCAUGCUCAAUCAAUUCGAAGGCUUCUCCAAGGAGUGGGAGGCCAUGUCCAGCGAUGACCUGGCCAAGACCACCGAGAAGAUCAACUACAUCAUCAAGCAGCACGUCGAGGAGUGCAUGGUCAGUGGAGGCGGAUUGGGUGGUGCGGGCGGCAUCAGCCGCUCGAGCCACAACUUUGCCAACCAGCUCAGCAGCAUUCGCCAACUCACAACCAAUGCCGCGCAACAGAACAACGACAAUCAAUAUCAGACUCUCAGUUUGCGCUACAAGAUGACUCGCAAGCUGUCCACGAUCAAGAAGAAGAACGACCCAAGCAAGCCUUCGAUCCUGCCGCCCGCCGACAGUGACGCCAGCCGCGCUGCACGCAACAUUGAGGAGAUUGGCGAGAACUUGGUCAACACAACAUCGCGCUUUGUCGACGAUACUAUCGAUCUCGUGAGCCAGGCUUACGAGUUCUCCAUCCAUAAUGGCCACAACGACACUGUGGCGCUGACCGAGCCAGUUGACAACGUCUACUCGCUGUUGUCCAACCUGUUGGAUCAGGCGAUGGCCGUGAGCCGCAUCGACGACAACUCUUUCCUGUCCAAGAACCACGUGAAGAACACCAAGAAGAUCAUCGCCUCGUCUCAGGGUCGCGGCCCAGGCAAGAUCGACGCCACUAUAGUCUCGUGCCCACCAACCUACCGCCAGUUUGUCGAGCGUUCGCUCGAGACAUCGAUCAUCUCACAGUGCAAUGCCGUACGCGCCAUUGCAAUCCAGAUGACGACCAUCAUCAUUGGAGUCUCUUCCAAGCCAUGGGACAACAACAUCCAGCUGCAGCUCUUUGCCACUACCAACACGUUCUGCGACUGUCUGGCCAAGCUGCUGGACAACGUGGCCAACAAGAUCUACAUCAAGAGCAUGAAACUGCAGACUAGCGGCGGUGCGGACGACCUCGAUCUGGACGACCAGCUCGGCUCCAACGACGAGGAGGAGGACGUCAACAUCUGGCUCGAGGCCAACUCAUCUUCCAACCUCAAGAGCGAAUGGAUCUCAGACGAUGGCAGCAAGACUGGCCGUCUCGUGCCAAAGGCCGGCACGCUCAACAAGUUAAUUGAGUCGCUCACUUCGGAGAAGCCCUACGACAACUCCAAGUACACACGCACGUUCCUCAUGACAUACCUGUCGUUCACCACGACACACAAGCUGUUCGACAAGUUGGUGCAGCGCUACACAGUGCCCGAGGAGAAGGACCAUUCGUUCCGUGUCAAGGUGCAGGUGCGUGUCGCCUCCUUCCUCAAGUCAUGGGUCGAGCGCAACUUUGGCGAUCUGGACAACAAGCUGAUCGAGAAGCUGCGUGCAUUUGCCAACGAGCGACUGCUCACCGACGAGCACGGUGACCUGGCGCGUCUGCUGCUUUCCACGAUCGACCAGCGUCUGGCCGCAGAGGAGGAGCGUGCCCGCCAGCUGGCCACGCCAUCAUUCCGUGAGCUUAUGAUCCCCGAGGGCCAGAAGUCGCCCUCCACACUCUUCCUCCUGAUGAACGACAGCGAGAUUGCGCGCCAACUCACAUUGAUCGAGGGCGGCAUCUUUGGGCGCAUCAACCCGACCGAGCUGCAGCAGCAGGUCUGGAGCAAGGACGCCACCAAGCAUCGCGCACCCAACAUCAUGGAGCUGAUCAACCGCGCCAACAAGUUCUCGUUCUGGGUGGCCAGUCAGAUCCUGUGGCAGGAGGACAUUGGCGAUCGCGUCAGCGUCUACGAGAAGUUCCUCAACAUUGCCAAACAUCUGCGCGACAUGAACAACUUCAACACGCUGAUGAACAUCUAUGCCGGCCUCAAUCAGUCCAGCAUCAUGCGUCUCAAAAAGACCUUUGCCCAGCUCUCUCCCGCAGCCGUCGCCAUCUACAACAUGCUCGAGAAGCUAAUGAACUCCAGUGGCUCAUACAAACACUAUCGCCAGAACCUCAAGAAUGCAACCAAUCCAAGCUUGCCCUAUUUACCUGUAAUAUUAUCAGACUUGACAUUCAUGGAGGAUGGCAAUCCAGACAAGCUUGGCAAUUUGAUCAACUUCCAGAAGAGGGAGCUGAUCCAUCGUGCCACAUCAGAGGUGCAGGCACUGCAGCAGCAUAAGUACGACUUCCCAAUUGUUGAGCCUAUUCAUACACUGCUACUGGAACUGCCCUCUUCAUCAUCCGAGGAGCUCUACCAACUGUCAGUGAUGCGCGAGCCACGUGAGAAUGCCAGCGGUGGCACACUCUCAGCCAGUGGCGUGCAGUCUCUGAAGAAGAAAGAGUAG